UCCCGGCCCGUGGCGGCCGCGGCUCGGGCCCCGCCGUGUGCUGCCGGGAGGAAGCAUUUCGCGGGGACCACUUCCUGCUGGCGGCGGCAGGGCAGUGCCGGUGAGCGGCCCCGGCCCGGGGGUGCCGGCGGUGGGGUGGCGGCAGGCGAGAGGAUGUCCCGGGUGCCGGUGGGCAAGGUGCUGCUGCGGAACGUGAUCCGGCACACGGGCGCGCACAACAAGAUUCAGGAAGAGACAGAAAUGUGGAAAAUAAGGGAGUGGGAGAAGCAGACAGAAGAGACUUACUGGAAAAGACAAAGCAGAAUGUUCUCAGACACCUCCAGCCGGAUGCGCAGCGACGGCUUCGACGAGGAGGGCCACAGGGCUGACUGGAGAACAAAGAACUCACAGUUUCUAGACCUGGUUGAAGAUGACCUCCUUAGGGCUCGCUCCUGGAAUAAAAAGCUGUAUGAAUGUGAAGCCAACAUGCCAGACAGGUGGGGUCACAGUGGCUAUAAAGAGUUGUACCCUGAAGAAUUCGAUACAGAUAGCGACUCUCAAGAAGGAGACAACCAAAAUGUUAUCAACGGGAAGAAGAAAUCUCAUCUGGGAAAGCAAACCGCCCGGGAGUCACACAGAAGGAAAAAGCCCAAGAAGCCACACAAGAAGAAGAAGCAAAAAAAGAGAUCCCACAAAAAGAGAAAGAAAAAGAAAAAGGAGCAGGGCAGGACAUCAUCAGAUUCAUCCCGAGAGAGUGAGUGCUCGGAAGAGGAGACCUCAAGCGCCCGCAAGGGGAAACACAAGCGCAAAAAAAAGACCAGGAAAGUGCCUGCCAGGGAACCUACCUCCUCUUCUGGGCAGGAGAGUGACUUUUCUCAUGCAAGCAGCUCAACCACCAGCAGCUCUGAGGACAGUGAAUCUGAGGAGAAAAAAGCAAAACGGCCCCCAAAAAAGAGGAAGAAACGUCACAGUUCUGCCUCAGAGAGGCACAGUGAAGUGCCAGAGAAGAAGAGCAAGAGGAAGAAUUGGAAGGUGGCCGCUGAUGAAAAGUCAGAGGAUAGCUCAGAUGAGGACUGAUGAGUCUGGGCUGCAGCUCGGACAAUAAGGCAGAGGACAGAGGCAGGUAUUUAUCUCUCAGCACUGCCCCAUGGUACAGCUUGUUUCGACACUGUGGUUCA